GCGCAUGGUGGUAUUAGAUACUUUCACAAUGUUGUGACAGUUUUCAAAUCCACUAAUAAAAAAAAUCUUUAGCCGGUGGUGUCUUAAUGACGACACGUCAGACAUUAAGUUGAUAACGAAUGCAAAUGUUUUAAUUAAAAGUUAUUUUGGUUGACUGUGCUUCGGUUCGUAAUUUUAUUCCGACCUUUCACAUUAAAUAAUGAAUAAGUUGUUGUCAUCACAGUGAAGAACUUUUGUUAUUGUUUACCAUUCAUUGUUUUCGUUGAAAUUCCAAUUGAUUUUCGAUUUCACAAGAUAUGAACGAGUGCGUUAUGCCCGCAAUCAACUAUCAUUUAGCGACCGUCGUGAUGGAAUCACCGAGUCAACAUUUAGUUGAGGAUCCUCGAUUCAUAGCAAUGGACGCGUGUUUUACUGCAUUCGAUAAGGAUGGCGACGAUCUGCUGUCCAUCACCGAAUUUACGCUCAUUUGUCGCGCACUAUUCCGCAACGACAAAGGUCACAUUUACGUUGUACCGCAGGAACGGCUAGAGCAAAUGUUUUCGGUAUUCGAUAAAAACGGGGACGGAUUCAUUGAUCGGGAAGAAUUUCAAUUCUGCUGGAAUCAUUGGAUCAAAACGAUCGUCCGGCCGAUCAAUGCCUUUUUGGUUGUGGAUGUUCAAAAUGAUUUUAUCAGCGGCUCGUUGGACAUCAGCAAUUGCAGUGCACAACAGAAUGGACUCGAGAUCAUCGAUCCCAUCAACAAGUUGAUAAACACCAUUGAAUUCGAUGCGAUUUUCUAUUCGUUGGAUUGGCAUCCAAGCGAUCACAUUUCUUUCAUCGACAAUAUCAAAAAGCGACCCUUGCACUCAGAGAGCCCUGUUGACGCCGACACAGCACAAGUGUAUGACACAGUGAUUUAUGCUGGACCACCACCGAUGAAACAGAGAAUGUGGCCUCGUCAUUGUGUUCAAGAUUCGUGGGGAGCUGAAUUGCAUAAGGACUUAAAGGUGGCCGAAAAUUCCAUUAAAGUGUACAAGGGCACGAAUCCAGAAGUGGAUUCCUAUUCGGUGUUUUGGGAUAAUAAGAAACUGUCGGACACGACACUGAAUGCGCAACUAAAAAUGAAAGGAACGUCCGAUAUCUAUGUAUGCGGACUGGCGUAUGAUGUCUGUGUCGGUGCUACGGCUAUUGAUGCCAUCUCAGCUGGAUACCGUACAAUCUUAAUCGAUGAUUGUUGCCGCGGUGUCGAUUUGAAAGACAUUGAACACACCAAGGAAACGGUCAUUUCCAGCAAUGGGAUCAUAGCUCAUUCGAAAGAGGUGAAAGCGAUGGUUGAGGGUAGAGAUCGACGACCAGAGUUGGGCUACAAGCUGGCGAUGGAAUUAAAAAACUCGGAUUCGGUGCUGUCACAGCGGAACAGUACUCGGCGACCUGUAUAAAUAUGUCGGUGCUUUGUAAUUUAACAGUUUGGUUUGGUUCAGGCAGCUACUUAAAGCGUUUCUAUGACCACGUCAAGUAUCUCCGGUUUUAUUUGCAGGUUUUUUUGGUUUUCGUUUAGAAUUUUUUUUUCGGUUAUUUUCAUUGCAAGAGGUUGUGUGUAAAUAUAGUCGUUAGUAGAGUUACUUAAUUAGUUAGGGAAGACGUUUUCAGGGAUUUAUCUCGUCAUCACACGCGAACAGUACUUAAGAACUUAAUUUUUCCUUUAAUAUCAAUACAAUCCGAGUCGCCCGGCCCGUUAUUAUUUAAUAGAAAAUAGAAUUCUCGAUCAUGACGCCAUUCCACAAUGUUCCUAUAAUAUGUAAACGCAACCACAUUCCCUUGUGAUGCAAAACAAUGUUUUUGUAUUAGCAGAAAUCACAUAAGCCCUAGGCUUUAAUUGAAAUAAAAUUUAAAAAAAUUUCAUUUAGAAUUUCAAUGAAAAUAUCGCUCUCUCUCUCUUUCUCUCUGUUCCUCGUCACAUACAGUCCAUUGGUUAAUAAGUCCAAUUAUCACUUUAUCUACGAUUCAAUUCAAUCUUUACUGGUCAAUCAAAGACUUACCGAGGAAAUAGUGUUGCUUUAGCGAAAUGUGUAAGAGACGCGUACGUACACGAGUGCUUGUAAGAGUAUUAAUACAAGUCCCUUUCGUAUUUCAUUGUAACAUCGGGUAAUAAUAAUUACUUACAAGGUCGUUCUGAUCAGGAAAUCGCAAAAAGAUUGUCGUUACCUCGUCGAUAAUGUGUCUAAGGAUAAAGUGAUAAUUGCUGUUAACAUUUCGAUCGGGUUGCAUAGCCACUGUUACCAUUUCUCUUAUAAGUUACCGAACUGCGGGUAAAAUCUAAUCAUUCGUAGGACACAGCAAAACAUUUUUUUUUGUAAAAUCAUAUGAUUUCUUAGAAAAGACGACACUUGUUAAUUGAAAUUGAAAUUGUAAAGUACACACAAAAACAAAAGAAAUAAAAUUGAGCGAUCAACAUAUCUAGUUUCAUAAAAAA